CCUGAGAGUCAUGUGGUCUACUUAAGUCAGUACCUGUGUUCAUACGGCAAUACAAGAAGCUUUUUUUUAAAACUGUACUUUGUAUCGUUGUGUUUAAGACAGAUACUGUAGACUUCUACACAUCCGACAAUCUCGUCUAAAGGAUUUAUUUUCAAGGCAAAGACUACAGAACUGUUUCAAAUGGACAAACGUGUAGCCGUGGUGACAGGGUCUAACAAAGGCAUCGGUCUAGGUUUAGUCAAAGCUUUGUGUCAAGUAUUUGAAGGAGACGUCGUUUUGACAGCACGAGAUGCUCAACGAGGGAAAGCUGCCGUGGACAGUUUAUCUCAAGAAGGUCUACAUCCUAAGUUUCACCAGCUGGACAUCACUGAUCAUAGCAGCAUUCUCAGCCUAAAGGACUACCUGGCCGAGAAUUAUGGUGGACUGGACAUACUGGUCAACAACGCUGGUGUCUAUAUGGAUAAAGUCGAGGGAAAAAGCUUUGCUGAAAAGGUGAAGGAACAAAUGGAAAUCAACUUCUUUGGAAACAUUAACUGUUUUGAGCUGCUUCGUCCAUUGUUAAGAGCUCAUGCCAGGGUGUGCAAUGUCUCCAGUAUGUAUGCCAGUAUUACAAUCAAGAAGUGUUCUCCUGACUUAGUGGCUAGAUUCACAGACCCAGAUAUUACCAUGGAAGAACUUACAGGCAUAAUGAAGGACUAUGUUCUAUCUGCUCAAGAUGGAAGUUUUAGUGAACGAGGUUUUUCUGAUGAGAUGUAUGGGUUUUCAAAGAUCGGUCUCACAGUAGCGACCGCAAUACAGCAAAAAGUACUGGAUAAAUCUGGCGCAGUGGAUAUAGUGGUGAACGCGUGUACACCUGGCUAUGUAAAAACUGACAUGACGAAGUAUCAAGGUCAUCUAACACUUGAAGAAGGAAUUGUUACACCAAUGUACUGUGCCCUUCUACCCCCUGACGUGGACUCGCCCAGAGGUCAAAUGAUACGAAACAAGGAGCCUGUUGAUUGGGUGAAAUUUCAGGUCGAACCAUUGUGAAAUGAAUGAUAUUUCGGUGUUCAGCAACAUUGUCAAUACGUGUAGAAUGCGGAAACAAAGACUUUAUGAUCAGAUACUUUUAUAAUUAAAUCAAAAUGUUUACAUGUCAA